GGCUGCCUUAGCAACGGACGCGGUCCCGCAUAAGACUCGUACAUGUGCUAUGUAGUACCGUAUGUGUUGUGGGUUUCAGAUUUCACUUAACUGUGGUAGGGGGUAAGGUUAGUCCCCUCCCAGAAGGUUGGAUAUACCUGAACUUGGACUUCUGGCCAACGAAGACUUUCUUCCAAUGGAUCCGUUGUGAGAUCAGAGUAUUUGGACCGUCGCCCCUGUUGACUUAAAGAGAAACAUCUGUUGGUGCUUUCAUUGGAACCAUGUACACAUAGCCAACGUCCCAACUGCUACUUGAUAUAUCUAUGCUUUGAGGUAUAAGAAGGAGUUUUCCUGGGGUUCUAAACGGCAAUCAUCACCAUGCCUAUUUUAGCUAAGAAGAAGCUCUUCACUACUCAGUAUUACGAUGAUUAUCGGAAAGGAAAGAGAAAGCUAGUUCAGACUGGCAUGCGGCCCAGCUCAGCCCAUCGAAGGAACAACCCCCAUCCCCAAUCGGACUUUCUUGAGCCCAAGAACAUAAAGGAACAAGAUGCACAGAUGGCCUUGCAGCACCGGGUCCAGAGGGCGGUCCAGGACUAUGUCCUCAAGUCCAUCGGAGAAGGCAAGCUCAACAACAUCAAGAGGAUAAUGGAACACAGAGAGUACCCACAACUCACCCAGUCUCUCCCUGCUAGACCCGGCGGUCAAGGACCUGGGAUUAGUAUACAUCCCAAUCAGCCAAAACAUAAUUUCAAACAAUGGAUUAUGAGGACUAGAAAAUACUCUCGUGAUAUAGAUCUGGACGGGUUCAUUAAAUCAUCAUUGAACAUUCUUGAAGAGGGCCAACGUGCUGAUAAGAAAGAAUUGAAACGAGAAAGAGGGAACCAUUACAAAGCUGCUGCAAAGACCUACGGGCAGAUACCUGCCACGCCCCGUCCCCCAUCAGUCAAAUUCCAGAGCACUACCCCUCGCAAACCCCUCCUAAACCUCAGCACACAAUCCAUGACAGGAGGGAAGACAAAACGCACCCAUACACCACCCACCCCACCCCUGCAGGCAAGAAGAUCGAAAUCAGUUGCAUACGAGGCACAAGCUGCUGCGUUGGCUGGGUCAGAUGAACAGAGACCGGUGCUCUCUAGAUCCAAGACAGCUCCAGGACAGGUUGAAAUGGUUGGUAAACAUGGUAAAGAGAACAGAAAUGAAAAAGAAGACGAAAAGGCGGUUAAAGAAUCGCUUCCGGUUGCACCAAAGUCUGACAACCUAGCCCCAAGAAUGAAGGCUUGGGUCGAGGGAGCCACAGAUUUCGAAAAAGAUGUGGCAUACAACAUGCUUCAAUCUCUCAAUGGCAACCAACCCGUUCCUCGGCCAGCAGCCCCUGCAACCUCUAUGAUGAAUCAGGGUCGGAUGGGGCCAGCUAACAGCAGAGUCCCAGCAGCCACACAUGUCUAUGUUCCACCUUCACCAGCCCCUAGACAACCAGUACCUAACAGAAACGGAAGAGAUGACACCCAGGUCCAGGCCUGGAUGAAACAACUUAGAGAGAAGCUAGAGCUGCAACAACCAGGUCUGGACAUCCGCCAGCUCCCCAAGUCCUUAGCAGCAUCCCACCCACAAGCCCCUCGGAAGAAGAGGGUCACCCUCCCCGAGGAGUACCGACACGAGAAUAGCCAUUUUAUGAUGACGAAGCCGACAUACCGACGUCAUUUUAUCAUCGCACCUGAUUGGGUCUCUGAGAGGACAUCUCAUCGUCGACUUCAACAGCAGGGCUGGGCUAGGAAGAACCGAAUCGGUAGUCAAGGUGUAGGCUAUUGAAUCGACGGUUUAACAUCCUAAGAUCUUGGUCACACUAAACAAGCCAACUACAAACCGAUCAUUGUAACGUUAUAAGGUUAUAUCUGCAUCAUUAGCCUAUAUAUUUUCGGUCGCACUAAGAAUUCUGGGCACCACCAAACCCACAAUUAUCAUGUAAAACCAAGGCAUUGUGAAGUUGGUGGUCUGGUUUAACUCCUGUUGGUGUGACUGAGGUCUUCAUCGAUGUUUUUUCUGUUAUACUGUAAUGUUGUAAUUGAGUAUCAUGACACAUAAACUCUAAAAUUUACAAAUGCUAAAAUGGGAUCGGACCUGACUACAGGGAAACCGGUUAUCAUUCGGUAUGCUAUUCGUAGUCGAAUGGUAUUAUUUUGAUUGCGGCCUUUGAAAGUGACUGCAUAGCGUGCAGUUGAUUGUGUCAUGGCACUUAUUUUGUUUUACAGUAAUUCAUCCUUGUUUUAGUUUUGUUUCCUUGCGUUACCCAUAAAGCGGCAAACUUUGGAAUGAGACAACGGAAUUUAUUUCGGAAAUUUGAUAUGAGGGGUUAGAGGUUGUGGUUGAUAGAACAAUCAUUGAUGGGAAAUGUUCCCAUGUUCCUAAAAUGCGAGAGUACAAAGCGAGGGAAUAGCAUUUCGGUUUGGGGUAGUGAUAAUUGUAUUGUUUCUCUUCCUUUGUGUUGUGGUAAAGAAGAGUGCAUGUAUUUUCAAUCGCAAGGCGUUGUAAUAUUGGGUGAUAAACCAAGUUGUAGACCUCUUCAAUUACAAGAGGUUUUUUUUUCGCUCCAAUGGAGUGUGGUUGAAAUUAUUUUUGUGAUCAUUUGAAUUAUGUCAAGUUGGGCAAGUGGGGAGGGGGUUACUUCUCUUUACUAUGUGAAUAAUAACAUAAAAUGUUAUGCAGGGCCCGCUGGUAGAGCAGUUUCCUAACUGAAGUGGCUACCCUUGGUAAAUAAAACGUUAUUAUUAUUAUAUGGUGACGGAAAAACAGACAGCAUGUCGCUGCCAAAAUACAUGGGCCAGUAAAACGACGGUUUUAUUUCAAAUCAAUGGGAAAUAUGAAACAUAAAUGUCGUUUGAGAAAACUGCGAGUGGAACUGUCAUCUUAAUUGACCAAUGUCAUUUUGUUACCAGCAGGUCUUGACGUACAAGUCAUAAAAAAUAUCAAAUAAAUUGAGUGCAAUGUUUAGUCGCCAAUUUAUCAUGUAAAUACUUCACCUGAAAAAUCAUUAAAUCAUACUGUCAUAUCGUCCUCUAACUUAUUAAUUAUGAGUAAAUGAAUUUUCAAUGUUUUGUUUUCAUAUUUAAGGAUUAUAUACUUUAUAUUAUGGUAUUUAAUAACCUUAUACAGUAUCAAACUCCGUCCUUUUCUGAAUAUACGCAAU